AUGCAAGCCGGAUCGUUUGAUCCUAUGGUAAGAGUUGAAAGAUCGGAGACCGUAUUAUUUAAAUUGGCAAGGGUUAUUGGAGUUGAUUCAGUGUAUGCAUAUAAAAAGGCAUCUCAUGAUAAGGUCAAGCGAGAAAAAAAGAUGGAAGAGGUAGAGAAAGAAGAGAAGAUGGGAGGUAUAAAGCUUUUGCUAUUUGAUGAAUUAAGGGUUGGCUUCGUAAAGUCUUACCGGAAUUGA